GAUUUCCGCCGGAAGCGGCUCCGGCAGUUGUUGUUUUCCGAUAAUUGGGCUCUGGUUGCUUCGUGGUUUGUCCUCUUCCCCCUCCCCUGGCGGGUGAGGUUACCGCCGAGGAGCUGGGGAGUCAAAGUGAAGACACUUAGACCCUGGGAGCGAGAUGGACAUCCUGAAAUCCGAGAUUCUGCGGAAGCGGCAGCUGGUGGAGGACAGGAACCUGCUGGUGGAAAAUAAAAAAUACUUCAAGCGGAGUGAACUGGCGAGAAAAGAAGAGGAAGCGUAUUACGAAAGAUGUGGCUACAAGCCUGUAAGUGAGAAGCCUUCUGGAGAGAUACAGCCAAAAGAGGAUGACCAGAAACCACUAACAUCGUCAAAUCCAGUGCUGGAACUUGAACUAGCAGAGGAAAAACUUCCUAUGACUCUUUCUAGGCAAGAGGUCAUCAGAAGACUGAGAGAAAGAGGAGAGCCGAUUAGACUGUUUGGGGAAACCGACUAUGAUGCUUUCCAGCGUUUAAGGAAGAUAGAGAUUCUUACACCAGAAGUUAACAAGGGCUUAAGGAAUGAUCUGAAAGCAGCUUUGGACAAGAUUGACCAGCAGUACUUGAAUGAGAUUGUGGGUGGUCAGGAACCUGGAGAGGAGGACACCCAGAAUGACCUGAAAGUUCACGAGGAAAACACCACCAUUGAAGAAUUAGAGGCACUGGGGGAGUCCUUAGGGAAAGGUGACGAUCAUAAGGACAUGGACAUCAUCACCAAGUUCCUGAAGUUUCUUCUUGGUGUUUGGGCUAAAGAACUGAAUGCCAGAGAGGACUACGUGAAACGCAGUGUGCAGGGCAAACUGAACAGUGCUACCCAGAAGCAGACGGAGUCCUACCUCAGACCGCUUUUCAGAAAGCUCCGGAAAAGGAAUCUUCCUGCUGAUAUUAAAGAAUCAAUAACAGAUAUUAUUAAGUUCAUGUUGCAGAGAGAGUACGUGAAGGCGAAUGAUGCUUACCUUCAGAUGGCCAUUGGCAAUGCCCCCUGGCCUAUCGGUGUCACCAUGGUUGGUAUCCAUGCCAGAACUGGCAGGGAGAAGAUCUUUUCCAAGCAUGUUGCGCAUGUUUUAAAUGAUGAAACCCAACGGAAAUACAUUCAGGGACUGAAGAGGUUAAUGACAAUUUGCCAGAAGCACUUUCCUACAGAUCCGUCAAAAUGUGUGGAGUAUAAUGCACUAUGAGAUCUGCACACAGUGUGUGUGUCAGGAAGCCUCCGCUCGCUCGAUCCCUCGCAGCAUGAGGACUCCGGCCUUACCACAGCUACGAGGGAAGAGCUCCACCGUGGGGUCUUCCUGGUGCAGUUCUUGUUGACUUUAAGAACUGUGUUGGCUUUCACAUGGAACUGGACUGCAAACUAAUUUUUGUGUCUUGAUUUCAUUUUAAUGAGUUGAAAAAUUAAGUUGUAAAGAUAUUAUCCGUAGUUUAAGUGUGUAGACAACCACCACUCAGGAAAGGGGGUUGGAAAUGACCAUUGUCAAGAUCCCAGUGUGUCGUUGAUACUUAGGAACAUUUGAAGGUGGCUUUGAACUUUCUGUAAAUUAUUGUGAUUUGCACAUUUUUCUAUGUGGUAUUUAUAGAAAAUAUUUUUUAUAUUUCAGCAAAAGUAUGGGUCAUUGAAUGCUCCUUUAGAGUUUUCUGUGGUCUUGGACCUUCUGCCAUCUUGUAAUAGAGUGUGUGGAAUGUUGCUGUUAAGUGUUAUUUGUCUUGUGUUUCAGACUUGCUUUUCUUUCUAAGCAGAGUAUGGUUGUCAUCUUUCUGGACAGAUGAAUUGAUAGGAGAUAGAAGGUCGAAAGAUGGCUGUUAUACCAGCCUAAGUUCAGAACACCAGCAUAUCAAGGACAGGGUGAGGAAGUGGCCGUGGAUCCAGCUGAGAGUGGCAGCCUCGGGACUGGAUGCCGGAGAGUUGUGGCGUUCCUGGCUUCCCUGUGCCUCACUUGGUCCUCACUCGCCUCACAACAUGACUUGCUCUAGGGCUUACAGAAUGGAGCUUUGGUCACCGUGACCACUCUGUGCUGCAAUGCUGAGAGGUCUGGACUAGUUCACUGAUGUGUGCAGAUGGGUUGGGUGUGGUGUCAGAGAAGGAAGAGGGAGUGGGCCAAACCAGGACUGACAGCUUCUCAAGGACAUGCUCGAUCUAACUACAGCUUUGGGCAUGUGGGUCCAUCUCGCUGAGCUUUGGCUUCUUUGUCUGACAUUGAUGCUAAGAGUCCAUACCUCACAUCGAUAUUGUGUAAGAUGCUGAGUCUGCUGCCUGGCAGAUGAUAAGAGAUCAUUAUUAUUGCUUAUUACAGUGUAGACCCAGGGCCUUUACGGGGCCCUGUGGCUACCCUGGGAUAGUAUGUACUCAUGUAACAACAACAACAACAACUGAGUUAGCAGCAAUAGUAAGUGAAGGAGUCAUUAUUAGGUUUCUCUACCCCCCGCCCCCCAUCUUUACUUUCAGUCAGGUCCAAGUUUAGGAGUGCAGAGAACAGGACCUGGGGGCUGCUGUAGGUGGCUCAGAUUCACAGUUGCUUAUGCUGGCCCCUCCUGAGAAAGCCACUUUGGGCUCCUUAAGGUCCAAGGCAUGCAUAGAUAGGAUAGCUUCUGCCAGUUGUUUGCAGGGUGGUGGCUGUCUUGGGUUGAAUCAGUGUUCCCUUGCACUCCAGCUGAAGCCUUUUCCUAAGAUGAAAGCAGGUGUACCUUGGGACUUACUUGACAAAGAAGAAACUCUCAUAAGAUGUGCAGCAAAUCCCUACUGUGACAUGUGGUUUGGUCAUAAAAGUCUUCUUUAUAAAUACUAUCAGAAAUGCCCAAAUCACUCAUUCUUCAUCCACUGUUAGGCCACACAGCAUGGUAAGUCAUUUUAUGUUGUCUUCUCUUGUUAAUAUUCCACAUAAAGGGGCUGGAGAAAUGGCUCAGCGGGUAAGAGCACUGACUCUUCUUCCUGAGGUCCUGAGUUCAAUACCCAGCAAUCACAUGGUGGCUCAUAACCAUCUGUAAUGGAAUCUGAUGCCCUCUUCUGGUGUGUCUGAAGACAGCUACAAUGUACUCAUAUACAUAAAAAAAUAAAUAAAAUCUUUUUUUAAAAAUUCCACAUAAAGAAGAAACUAUAUCAUAUGACAUCAGUACUUCCUAAAAUUGAUCUGUGUGGGCUGGGGUUUUGUUUUGUUAUUUGUUUGUUUGUCUGUUUGUUUUUUGAGCUUGCUUUGUCUGCAGGGGAAUUCGUAUUCUCCAGGACUGGGACUGUGGCCAUUCUGAAGCUGGGUGGAGAGAAGCAUGUUCACGAAUGUGGCUCUCAGUCAAGUUUUUCAUAACCGAAAUUAAAAAGCUAUGUACAAAUUAAAGAAGCUACAUAGAAACUCCUGGGAUAUGUAGGAAGAUGACCUUUCUUUCAUUAAAUGGAAAUUUUACUUUUGCCUAUACUAUAUAUUUUUGUUUCAAGAUUGUUUUUAAAACAACAAAGAUUUCUUUUAAACAAGUUACAACUCUAUUGACUGUGUCCGUUUCUCUCCUCCCCAUCCUUCCAUCACAAGAACUGGGAUUCUCUGUAUUCACAUUUAGUAAAAAACCCUUUCCUUAGAAAUCAA